AUGCGUUGGGCGUCACUCUCUCUUUGUUUCUAUCUUUCUUUCUUUCUUUCUCAAUCUGUUCCUUAUCUAUUUUUCGCUCUCUCUCCUUUCUUUCUUUCUUUCUUUCUUUCUUUCUUUCUUUCUUUCUUUCUUUCUUUCUAUCUAUCUAUCUCAGUCAGUUCCUUAUCUAUAUAUCUCUCUUUCUUUCUCGGUCUCUUUCUUUAUGUCUUUCUGUUUUCUCUCUCUUUUUGUCUUCUCUCUUUCUGUCUUCUCGCUCUUUCUGUCUCUCUCUUCUUGCUAUCUGCCAUCUCUCUUUCUCUUCUUGCUAUCUGUCUCUCUCUUCUCUUGAUAUCUGCCUUCUCUUUAUCUCUCUUCUUGAUAUCUGCCUUCUCUCUUUCUUCUUGUUAUCUGCCUCCUCUCUCUCUUCAUGAUAUCUGUCUUCUAUCUCUCACUCCUUUCUGCCUCUUCUCUCUCUCCUCUUGUUAUCUGCCUUCUCUCUCUAAAUUCUUUUUAUCUCUCUUCUCUCUCUCUCUCUCUCUCUCUCUCUUUGCAAUCUGCAUUCUCUCUAUUGUUGCUAUAUGCUUUCUCUCUUUCUUCUUGCUAUCUUCUCCUCUCUCUCUCUUUCUAUAUGCUUCUUGCUUCUUGAACUGCCUUCUCUCUUUCUUCUUGCUAUCUGUCUCUCUCUCUCUUUUUGCUGUCUUCUCUCUUUUCUUCUUUUGCUAUCUGUCCUCUCUCUCUUCUUUCUAUAUGCUUCUCUCUCUCUUCUCUUCUUUCUAUCUGUCUUCCUUUCUCGCUUCUCGCUAUCUGCCUUCUCUCUCUCUUGAUACUUCUUUUUUCUCUCUCUUCUCUCUCUCUCUCUCUCUUCUCUCUCUUCUCUUUAUCAAUCUGCAUUCUCUCUUCUUGUUUCUAUUUCUUCUGCCUUCUCUCUUUCUUCUUGCUAUCUGUCUCCUCUCUCUUCUUGCUGGCUUCUCUCUUUCUUCUUCCUAUCUUCUCCUCUCUCUCUCACUUCUUGCUCAGUGCCUUCUCUCUUUCUUCUUGCUAUCUGUCUCCUCUCUCUUCUUGCUGUCUUCUCUCUUUCUUCUUCCUAUCUGGCCUCACUCACUCUCUUCAUGCUAUAUGCCUUCUCUCUCUCUCUCUCUUCUUGAUAUCUGUCUUCCCUCUUUCGCUUCUCGCUAUCUGCCUUCUCUCUCUCUUCUUGAUAUCUGCUUUCUAUCUCUCACUCCUUGCUGCCUCCUCUCUCUCUCUCUUCUUGCUAUCAGUCUUCUCCCUGUAUUCUUGCUGUCUACUCUCUCUCCCUCUUCUUGCUAUCUGUCUCCUCUCUCUCUCUUUCUUCUUGCUAUCAGGCUUCUGUCUUUCUUCUUGCAAUCUCUCUUUCCUAUCUCUUCUUGCUAUCUGUUUUCUCUCUCUAUUCUUGCUAAAAUUUAUCUUUUCUCUCUCUCUCCUUUUGAUUUCUCACUAUUUUUGCUCUUACUUUCUCUCUCUCUCUCUCUCUCUCUCUCUCUCUUUGCUAUCUAUCUAUGUAUCUAUCUAUCUAUCUAUCUCUUCUCACUCUCUUCUUGUUAUUUCUGUUCUUACUCUUUUACGACUCUCUUUUCUCUCUUCUUGCUCUCUCUCUCCCUCCCCUCUAUUUAUCUAUCUAUCUACUCUUGCUUUCUCUCUCUUCUUGCUGUGUUGAUAUGCCACGAAACAAAAUCACCCAACCAAUCAUAUGUCUACUCCUCCUUGUUCUUUCUAUCUAUCUAUCUAUCUAUCUAUCUAGUUUAG